GGGACUGAGGGGAAGGGCGCGAGCCCCGUCCCGCCCCGCCCGCGCUGGGCGCGUGCGUGGCCCUGCCCUUCCCCUGCCCUUGGCGCCGUUGCUAUGGGAACGGCGUGGGGCUGCGGCCUGGUCGGCGGCGGGACCCGGAGCCGGAGCGGCUGGGCCCGGCCCUGCCCUGCCCGGUCCUGCCCUGCCCUGCCCUGCCCAGGCGGGCAGCCGGCGGGAGAAGCCGGCGUGGGGGAAGCCUUCCGCAGCUCUCGGGGCUGGGGAAGGCGGUUUCGAGUGAAAAAGACCCGAAAACUUUUUCGAAGACUGUUUGAAAGCUGUUCAUGGCAAAAGGCGUUUGAAGCAAGACGGUGGGGCUGAAGAGCGCAGUGGCCGAGAGGAGGAGGUGGCAGGGAGACUGUGCAGAGUAAACAAUGGAGUCAGACAUAAAAGUGAAUGAAUAUUUUAAAAGCCAGUUUAAGGCUUAUCAAGAACAACAGCAAAGGCGGCUGCAAAAUUUAAUGGAGAAGAAGAAGGAAAAGCAGAACAGUCAGAAAGGUGAUAACGGCAACGCAAAGGAGACUUUCAGAAUCCCAAAUGAUCUAAACCUGUUUGAAACAGGACAACCUGUAAAUGAGGAUGACAGCAAAAGGUUGCUUGAGCGUGAGAAUGAGCAGCUCCAGGAUCAGCUUCGAGAGGUCCGAGAUGAGAACUGCAGGCUAUACAAACUGGUGGCAGAGAAAGAUUUUGAAAUAAAGCAACUGCAGAAAAAAAUACAGGAGGACAGAUUGGCUUUAUCGGGGACGUCUGGUUUAGCUGGAGAUGUUGCAGCUACUAAAAUAGUUGAAUUGGCCAAAAAGAAUCGUGAGAUAACUGCCGAGACUGAGCGUGAAAAAGCCAAAGUGAAGCAACUGAAUAACAAAGUCAAAGAGCUGGAGAAAGAACUACAGACAGCUGUGGAAAAAAUACAUUCUCUUGGUGGUGACGAUGCAGGAAUCAAGCAAUCAACUCUGAAGAUGAUCGACGGAAACUUGGCUGAAAGUCCAGAGGUGAAAGCAUUGCAAGAAAAAUUAACCACAGCCAACUUCAAAGUGAUGGAGUAUCGUAACCAACUCCAGUCUGCAAAACAGGAACUGAAGAUGACUCAAAAGCUUUUAGCAAAGGAAGUUGGUGAAGACGUGAAUAUUCAAAGUCUUUUGACCAAUUCUGGCAGCUGGCGUGGACGAGCCCAGCAAAUUCUUGUUCUCCAGAGCAAGGUUCGAGAGCUGGAGAAUCAGUUGGGUCAAAACAAGACCAGAACAUCACUGAGUGAGAUUGAUGAGGAAUUGCUGGCACUUACCGAUCCAAGGAAGUUGUCAGCCCGAGAGAAGAACUUGUUGAAGAUUCGCAGCUUGGAAAAAGAAAAGAAAGACACCUUGGAGAAACUCACCGGGGAACAUGACGCACUCCAAAAAAGUCAUGAGGAAGUGAAAAAAAAACUCGACGCAUCAAAAGCCAGGAACAAAGUACUGUGCAGCGAAGUGAAAACCCUGAAGGGACAGAUCGUAACCUUGCUGGAGAAAGGAAAACACGACGAUGAGCUCAUAGACGCCUUACUGAGACAACAGAAGGAAAUGCAGGAGAUCUUAAAGCACCUGAGCUACCAGGACGAGAAGAGCAAGGAGUCCCAGCAGAUGCUAGGGCAGCGCUUGAACAGUGAGGUUCAGAAACAAAACUGCCUUAUAGAGCAGCUCAGACAGAUGGUGGCUGAACGAGAAGCAAAGGUUAAAGAGCUGGAAGAGGAGAUUGGGCAGCUCACACUUCAGAAGAAAUCUGCCCAUCAAGGGGAUGGUUCAGGAGCUGCUGCUGAUACACCACCUUCUGAGCACUCAGAAGAUCCAGGUUUUACUCUGCUUAAGCCUCUGGCAUCAGGCAGCAAUCAGGUUGGAAGGAUUGGAUCUGCUCGCACAGUGUCCAAGAUGGGCCAUACGCUUGUAGAGUCGGCAGCUACUAAGCCUUCCCUUCUCAGUAAUAACAUCACGCCUGGAAGGCUUGCUGGCACUGGCAGCCCGGAUUUGAAAGCGCUGCAGACGCAGAUCACAGAGCACAAGGCUCUCUGCCAGGCUGCUGAAGUGGAAAGAGACAGGCUCCUGGAACUGGUCACUGUGCUGCAGAAAAGGGUGGAGGAAAGCAGCGAUAAAGUCUUGGAAGUUGAGAAGAGGCUUCAGGAAGAGCGGCGGCGAUGCGUCAUUUUGGAACAGCAGCUUGAAAAACUGCAAAUGGAUCCGGGGAGGAACACAAGCGCACAGAAACCUCCCCUGAGGAGCAAAACAGGCCUGUCUGUGGGUCACUCAAGACCCACCUUGAAUAUGACUGAUAGGAAGGAGCUCUCUGCAGCCCAGCUUUCCAGGUUGCCUCUAGAAUCGCAGAUAGAGGAGCUGAGCACAAGGCUUGUGAUCCAGCUGGAUGAGAAUGAAGCUCUGAAGGCCGCUUUGGAGAUGACUGUGAGAAAGAAAGAGGAAGAUUUUAAACUGUAUCAAGACACAAUGGAUCAAGUGAAGGAUAUCUUUUUACAGGCCAUUCGGCAGCAGAAACAAGAGAAGAGUUAAGAAAGAUGUUGGGAGUCCUUUGGACUGCAAAACAGGGAGAGAGCCCAGGCAUCGUGCCCGUGAAUUGAAAUGCAGCGGCAGUGUAGUUUUGCAGCCUCGGCUCAUGUCAUUUCUUUAGCGUUUGCAGAAGAGGAUGAGAACUGGAGAUGAAAUACGAAAAAAGCGAAGGUUUUGCGUGUCAGCAAAUUGUAAGAGUUAGCAAGCAGCUGGCUCUCAGACUGCACAUGCCGUAGGUUGGUGCAGUUUAGGAAGCUGCAAUGCUGCAGUGUGAUUUGGGGCAAAACCUCCCUAGUUUUAACAACGCUUUCCUCAAGAGGGCUCGAUAUUCAAUACGCUGCUGCCUUUGUCACCUCAUGAAGGAAUUUGCUAUAUAGAAGUUAUGCCAGCCCCCUUCCAAAGCCGUGCCAGGAGCAAACCGAGUUCUGUUUUCGUCAGCGCACUGAUACCUGUCUGUCUCAGGCUUUCUGUAGUACUUAAGUGUUGAGGGAGAGGAUUAGCCUGGCCUGUGAAUAUCUGCAAGUGAACUUUGGGGGGGGGGGGGCUCCCCUCACCAUUCCAACCUGUUUUUUCGCUUGAACGUAUUUGCAGCAGAGUUUUGUGAAGCUCAGCGGAGCUGCCACUGAAAAGGUAGACUGUGCGGAUAACCCCUGCAAUCAGUCAGCCCUACCUUAAAUUCAGCUCAAUUCCAUGUGAAACUUGCCAUCCGGGUUAUGAAUUCCCUAUUCCUGGGUCUCUGCGUUCAUCCGUCAGGCAGGUCUUGUUAAAUGCUGACAAAACGCAGGCAGGUCCUCCCUGCAGUGGUGCUGGGACUUUCGGAGAUGCUGAAAAACCCCUUGCGUCUCUGUCCGUUUCUCCUGCAGCGUGGUGAGAACACCAAGCGCAAGCUAAUAAGGCAUUAACAUGCAGCCUGCCAGCAGCGAGCUGGCCUUGGGGGUUACGAGCAAAUGGAGAGCUCGUCAUUUUUGUAUAGAGCCGCUUUGUUUCUCGGUUGAAAGUCUUGAAAGCUCUUCUUUUUCUGCUUUGCUUUGUCAGCCUCUUUUUGUGAGUGUGGAGUUCGUGAGACUUUAACCCCAGCCACCGCCAGCGCAAAGUGGAUUUGUGGAGGGGCAAACUGCGGCUCCCUUCCCCAGCCCGGGCAUCGCGUCCCGACUCCACUUGCGCUGAGAUGAGCGAAAAAGCGAGCAGAGCGGGGAGUUACUCCGGAUGCAGUGAGGGUGGUGUCGUCCCUGUCUCUUUUCCUGCCCUGCCUAGGUUUGGAGAUGUCUCUCUUCAAACAGUUCAUGGAGUUCUUGGUGGAGGAGGUCCCUGAGGAGAAGCUCAGCACCUGAGAGUUAACCCUUCCUGUACUUAAGAGCACUCCACUCCCCCAGCGGUGGCCCAUAGCUCAGCAAAGCUGUCAGGUCUCUCUCGCAAAAAUCGGGACCAAAACGGUUCAUCGCUGUAUUCCUCCUGCUCAAGAUGCUGGUAACAUCAGCGGAAAAGGCAUCUGGCAACCCGCAAUCCUCUCCUCCCUACGGCUCACAAAUCCUGGAUUGAGAGACGAACACAAUCUCAUCGCAGUGAGCUGCCGUUUGUUGCUGCUCAACUCCAUCCUGAUGACGACGUAGCACGGGGUAGAGGGAGCAGACCAAGGAGAAGAAAUCAGCCCACCUCCGACAUAUUUUAAGGACCUGCAGCAGAGCAUGGAUCCCUUUGAAAAGCUGCCUGAGCUGGGGCAGAGGUGCGGGGAUUUUGCUAUGCGCUGGCUGCUAAAUUCAGGCCGGUAGCUUGCAGCUGGAGAUUCUGAUUUCGCUUACACACAAGUGUGAAUCAAUUAAUAUUUUCACAGAAGUAGCGGAGAGGAUAUCUGCCGGCCUUUCUAAUAGGCGGGCAGCGUUGGUCUCCUGUCCCGUGACGGAGCAGCGAGGAUCACGCUGCUCCCCAGCAAAAUUCUUCCUGGAGCGGCUGGGAAUCAACCCGUGAAAUGCAGAUACGAAACUGGGAGCGCUGCGCGGUACAGAACACGUACGGCUCGCGAGCACAUGGUGCAGACCUCAAGUGCUGCAGCGCUCGUUCCUUAUAGCAUGUGCUUGUUUUGGGGUUGUACAGAGGCAUUUUCUCUUUUUUUUUUUUUUUUUUCUGCACAAACACACACAGAGCACACCAGACCCCUUGACAAAAGAACUAAGACAACAGUAAAAUAGUUUAUUUAGAGAGCCGAUGCCUGUAAGUAACUGUUUAUGGUGGAAAUGUGCUCUCUGUCUCCUGUCACAGAACAGUGGGGGGCGGGGCGCUGAACACAGGCCAAAUUGUCCGGUUCUCAGUUUUCACCUUAGUUUGGAAAUAGUAGUUUUGAAUAGUUUGGAAACGCUAGUUUUGAAAUUCCUCUGUACUUCCUCGAAUUCUCCCUGUGCUGGCUCUUGCAGCAGGGACACGGUUUUUCUUGCAGUGCGUGUCGUUUUGUUGCUGAAUGUAAGAAACCCUGACAGAUCUUGGAAGCAGCAGCCCCAUGUCCCCCAACUCGGACAAAAAAAACCCAUGAAAAUAUUGUUCUCAAUGCCUGCAAAAACCCCAUCCCCCUGGUCCUCAGCCACAGAAUCUCUCCAGGACGCUUGAUGUGUUCUUUGAGCUACAACAUUUCUUUUAGGGAUGGAUUCAGCUGGGCAUGAUCUGAAAACUCCACAAGCCCCUGCCUUCCUGGGAAGUUUGUCCUUGUGGAUAAUUACCAGCCCGUUAAAAUCCCGUCCUUCGAUUCUCAUUUGAAUUUCUCUGGCCUCGGUUUGCAGCCGGUCAUCGUUAUGCCGUCCCUCGCUGGAUAAGAAGCGGCGUGAGCACCCAGCAUGGCCUCGCUAGGACAGCCUUCAUCCAGCGUUGAGUCCUGUCACAGCCCGCUUUUUGAUAAGCUCUGGGUUUUUUCAGUCUCUCAUUGUAGCGAAUGGUGGUGACAGGCGAGUGGUGACAACGCUCGGCGCCGCUGGCACAGCCUGGUGGAUACAGUUAAGCUGCAAAAAACCACGUCAGGUUAAUUUUGCUGCAAUUAUUUGAGGAUAUGGGCACUCCUCGGUAGGAUUCAGCCAGCUUUGAGCUAAUGUGUGAUAAGAAAACGAGUCCUCCGAUCACUUGGGCUGAGCCAAAGGUUGUCUCCUGCCCUGGAGCUGGGCGAAGCAGCCAGAAAGUCCCUGACGGAUGCAGCUGAUUUUAAAAGCACGACUGAACCGCUGGGAAUAAAUGACCUUUGAUCAAUUGUCAUCGUUAUCCCUUUGGCCUGUUUCGAGGCGUCUACCUGCGAAGAGCAGGCAUCUCAAGGGUGCAGCUUCCCAAACUGGCCCUAAUGUGAAUUAAGUUGCAUUAACAUGGUUAAAUAUAGACGGCAUCGACACCGGCGAGCUCUCCCUGCCCUGGGCUCCGCUCGGCCAAGUGGCAGAGGAUCAGCCAGCAGGUCAGAGCUCCAAUUUAGAGCCGUAGAUUGGGGCUGCGGGUGGUUUGUGCCCUCCACGGAGGCUCCAAAGCAGGAGGGAGAUGAGGAGGAGACGGAUUCCAGUCCUUCCCGUGGGGGAAGUGGGGAGGAAGCUGGUAGCAAGGGGGAACUAAGUUGGAAACUUCUUUGCCAACGCCUCCGGCAGCUGCUACUGCCCUGCAAGCUGGCCCGUGCAUGACAAAAGGAAUGAGGUUCGGCUUUAAAUGGAAAAAAACUCCAGCAGAGCCCCCGUGCUCUAAAUUAAGCCACGACGAAGCCAAGAGGGGUAUUGAGUUUCUCCCCUCAUCCUCUCUCCUCCCAGCCCAGCUCCCAGCCGGCUGCUCCCGCGGGACAGGGUGGCCUCGCUCAACAAAUGCCACCUCAAUCCCCACGCGUCUCCGCUUACAGCUCCGAAACCCGGCUGCAGGCAGGGGGUGAAACCCUGGGCUUUAGAGCAGCUCGUUCGUCAGCGCGAAUAGUUAUCUGUGGGGCA